CGCGCUCCCGGGAUCAGUAGGAAGUCAGAAGGACUGUGCAGUAGGUGCGGGUUUGUAGUCGUGCUUAUUAGUUCGUGGUUAGCUAUUCGUCUUUCUGAGUGACUGCGUGGAGCAUCGUCCAGAUUUUCCAAUUUGAAGACAACUGAUGUAAUGUGCAAUAACAGAAAUGCCUUAUGUGGAUCGGCAGAAUCGCAUCUGUGGUUUUUUAGACAUUGAAGAAAAUGAGAAUAGUGGAAAGUUUCUACGUCGGUAUUUUAUCCUGGAUACUCAGGAUGGAAGCUUGGUCUGGUACAUGGAUAAUCCCCAGAAUUUGCCAUCUGGGACGCAAUUUGUUGGUGCCCUCAAACUAACUUAUAUUUCAAAGGUCAGCGAUGCAACAAAGCAAAGACCAAAGGCUGAGUUCUGCUUUGUUAUCAAUGCUGGAAUGAGAAAAUAUUUCUUGCAAGCCAAUGAUCAGCAGGAUUUGGUUGAAUGGGUAAAUGUCCUAAACAAUGCUACCAAAAUUACAGUGCCAAAAUCAUGUGAUGUGCAGAAUAACUCGGAGAACCAAAAGAGUUCCUUGGAUUGUGUUGGAGCAAAGAAGCAAGUGUCUUAUAAAACAGAAAUUAUUGGAGGUGUUCCCAUUAUUACACAAACACAGCAGGAGGGAGAAUGCUUGGAUGGUGCAGACAGGGGCAGUGGUUUGAAGCGAUCUCAGAGUCAGAUACCGUCUUUCAUAAGCAAGCCUGCACAAGAUCAAGCCACAAUUAAAGCUGGGUACUGUGUGAAGCAGGGUGCUGUGAUGAAAAACUGGAAACGAAGAUACUUCCUUUUAGAUGAAAAUUCAGUUUGUUACUUCAAGUCAGAUACGGACAAAGAACCUCUACGAAUAAUUCCCCUCAAGGAGGUACAUAAGGUUCAGGAAUGCAAACAAAGUGAUAUCAUGCUAAGAGACAAUCUGUUUGAAGUAGUUACCACGACUAGAACAUUUUUUGUACAAGCUGACAGCCCUGAGGACAUGCACAGCUGGAUUAAAGCAAUUUCAGGGGCUAUUGUAGCCCAGCGGGGUCCAGGCAGAUCAGCAGCUUCUAUGCGGCAGGCCAGGCGGCUGUCGAAUCCAUGUAUACAGAGGUAUACACCCCGAAAUGGUGAAUGCAGCACGAGCAUGAUGAACAUUCCUCCUCUUCCUCCUCCAUCAUCUGCGAUCAUGGCAUCACCAUCCCUCAAUUCCCUCACUCCGGUGCAGCAGUCCAUGCCCCAUCAUCUGUUCCGAAGUACCUCAGCCCUUAAUCCACAAACAUUUACUUCAAACAACGUGGCUUGGAAAAAUGAAGACUUCACAAACCUUCUUCCGAGACCCAACACCUGGGCAUCUUGCAGAUCUCGACUCUCUCUACAAGAGACACAGUUUCCAAAGUGAAUGAUGGUCCUUCAGUAAAGUUAUUUGGGAGAAGGAGCAAUGGAAUUACUCUAGAAGGGCAGUCUGAUGGCAUCUUCUUGCAUGAUGCUUCUCUGCCUCUCGGUAGCAUUUAACUUUAAGAGCUCAGUGGCAAGCAUUAUGCCAGAGUUUGUCGUCUUCAGCAUAGUGCUGUACUUAUAUUCUACAUGUAAAAAUCAAAAGUAAAAGGGUCAUCUUAGAAUUAAAGUAAUUUCUAUUUUUUUUUUUUUUUUGUAUGUUUCUUUUCCCUUGUACAUCUGUAAGGUCUGGUUCAAUGGUGAAAUAUUACAGGAUUUGUUUCUUUAAAAGAAAUAUAUGUUUUAAAAUUUAUAUCCUGUGGUUUUAUUUAUUAGAUUUUUUUAUGUGAAGUAGUUAUGUAGUUCUUAAAUAUAUUUUGUAAUGUUGUAUCAAGUUUACACUGUGUUAGCUCACAGAGUGCCCAUCAAAGGUAGUGUCUCAGAAUCCUUGUAGAUUUCCCCCCAACCCUCUUCUUCACUAACUGUAACUUCCUGGCAGUAUUGAAGUGUUCCUUUUUUCAGAAAAAGCAGUCCCUUGUGGAGACAUUAAAUUUUAUUAUUUGGUCAUUUUUUUAUCUUUUAAUUUAAUAGGAAAUUGCUAGUUUCUUUGAUUUUCCACAAAUCUCAGGAUUUUAAAACUCAUCUGAAAAUGGACUCCAAAUGUUGAGCACUCAGGAUAAAAGCGUUAAAACGUAUGGCUUUGGCCUGUAUAAAGCGCAUCAUCUUAAAUUUAAUUAAAUUUGUUCAACACUUGACAUUAGCAGUUACGGAGUACAUGGUUACCAUUUUUUGUUGAGUGUUCAAUAGUGAAGCUGUUAAUUGUUCUUUUAAUUUGCAUAUGACCAGCUUUAACAUCUACUGAACCUUUCUAAUUUUAGUAUUCUUGAAAUUAUUUUGUUGUUUUUAACUUUGGUACAAAAUCAAAGAAAUUCAAAUUGCCUGGUUUUCACAAAAAAGCAAGGGCCUUUAAAGUACAGGCUAAAGUCUGACAUUUCUGCACAAUUCAAAUUUAUAUGCAUAUAUUUCUAGAGUAGAGGUUUAAAUGGUAAGCACACCAUCACCCUAAAAAAAAAGGUGUGGGUUCAGACGAUUUUUGGAUUAGAGAGGAAAAUAUGUGAAAGGGUGUCAAUGUAUGUUUAAGGAAAUGUGCCUCUGACCACUAAUUACAUACUGUACAAAGCACAGUCUUUCUUGAUUAAACAAUAUUGUAUAGUAAUUUUAGUAAAUUUGCUGAUACCCCUGAGGGAAAUCUUAACAACCUUUAGCCCUCUAUUUUUUUUACUUUCCAUAAUGAUUUAGAGUGCUUGUGUUGUUCUAAAUUUUUGUUAUUAAGAAGCAGAUAUGAUUUCCUCACACUACAUUUCUCUAGAUUUCUGUGAAGUGCAUCAGUAUCACCUUUUUAUUUGCUAUUUUACUUGUAUUAAUUGAAAAGUGGAAUCUAAGUGUAUAUGUUGCAAAAGCAAAGAAAGUUGGUUUGAAAAAAUUAUGGAAUAUUGUUUGUAAAAAUACUCACACAAUUUAAAAUUGUUUCUGCAGAAAGAAACGAGCAGUAACUAAUUAUAAAUUUAGAAUUAGAUUUGCUUUUGAAGCAGUUGUUAAUAGUGACUGCUUAUUUUUAGAUGCCAUAAAAUGCUUAUAAUACUAAAGUAAAGGCAGACUCAUUUUUUUCAGACCUGAAAUUCCCUUAUUUGGGACUUUCAAAAAUAAUUUUAGACAUUUGCUUCAUUUUUAUAAUUACUAAUAUUUUCAUAAUCAGCAUUAUUAUGGUUUAUGCUGCAUUCAGGGUAGAUUCAUAUUUUACCAUGUUUGUUUAGAAGACAUCUAACUAGUUAAAUGUGGUUGAGGCUUAAUUCCUUAUUUUUAAUUCUUUUUUUUUCCAUCUCACAAAAGGACAUUUUCAAAUUUGAAAAGAAAUAACUUUUCUUUGUCAUCCCUCUGUUACACAUUUACAAGACAUUAACCUGGUCUGUGGGUUUAUGUCACAAUAUCCUUUGCUUAGAAAAUUACACUCUAAUAAAUAUUUACUAUCUUUACACUUUCCCAAUUUUAGCAAGUCAAGAGUUGUGUUUCAAUUUAAACCUGCUGUGUUAAAUGUAGAAGUCUCAUUUCUCACUGCAUUGUUAAAUAAAUAAGUUGUGCAGUUUUAUUAAAUACAUCUGAAAAAACAUGUUUCAAGAAUGCAGUUUUGUGCCUGUUUUAAUGGUUUCUAUAUAAAUUCCAUUUUGUAAAUCUGGAAUUUUGGUCUAUUGUUGUAUUGCACAAAUGCAUUGUAUGGGUUAAAAGUGCCUGCCUAGAAAAACAAGCUUUUAUUACUUAAAAAUAUUGUAAUAAUAAAUGUCCACCUGCCAUUUUAAAAUUUGUAGUAUUUCAUAUAUUUCAUAUUGAAUUAAUUAUUGUGCAAAUACAAUGCAAUGUAUUUUGCUACACAGUAGAGGAAAUUGAAAAAAUUUACUUACUCUGUCAAUAUUGGAGUUGCCAGUAUGUGUCUGUGUGUGUAUAUGUGUGUAUUAUAACACACACUGUAUUUCUGCUUUUAAUUUGCUUGUGCGUUGUUUAAUUUACUGUCCUAAAUGAUGAUUUCAGUUUGUUGCAUAAAACAAAGAACAUUCAUUACAGAUUAGUUUAAAGCUGCCUUGGUUACUCAGUUUAUCAGCAGUUCAGUUUUACUUUGUAUUUUUUUUUAAUAAUUGAAUGCCGAUGUCAAAAGAGUGCACUAUGCUUCCUUGUAUUUUCAAAACCAAAUCCAAUAAAAAUUAUCAUGGUUUAAUACA